AUGCAACUGUACAAGUGGUUUUUUCUUUUAGCACCAUUACUAAGCAUUGCAAAUGUGAAUACAAACACAAAAUGGAUACAGAAUGCUGUCACAGUAGCUGGAGGCAAUGGAACCGGUAGUGGAUUGAAUCAACUUUCCAAUCCAUAUGGUUUGUGUGUUGAUGAUGAUCAAACUGUCUAUAUUGCGGAUUACAGCAACCAUCGUAUUGUGGAAUGGGAACGUGGUGCAACGACUGGUCGAGUUGUGGCUGGUGGAAAUGGAGCAGGAAAUCGUCCUGAUCAGUUGAACGGACCCACAGAUGUGAUGAUUGAUAAAGAAACAGAUAGCUUCAUCAUAUGUGAUUAUUACAAUAUAAGAGUCGUUCGAUGGCCUCGUCAAAAUGGUACAAAUGGAGACACGAUUAUCUCUAAUGUUGGAUGUAUUGACUUGGCUACGGACGACAAUGGAUUUCUUUAUGUUGCUGAUUACAAUAAACAUGAAGUAAGGCGAUAUCGAAUGGGAGAAAAUCGAGGAAUAGUUGUUGCGGGUGGAAAUGAAGCAGGAAACCGUUUUGAUCAGUUGCAUUGUCCGAUAUACGCAUGCAUAGAUCGAGAUCGUUCCGUCUACGUAUCGGAUUACAAUAAUCAUCGUGUAAUGAAGUGGAUGGAAGGUGCGAAGCAAGGCAUUGUUGUAGCUGGUGGUCAAGGUGCAGGAAAUAGUCUGACACAAUUAUCAAAUCCUUGGAAAAUUGUCGUGGAUCAGUCAGGUGCUAUCUAUGUAGCUGAUCAUUGGAAUCAUAGAAUAAUGCGUUGGUCUCAAGGAGCCACUCAAGGAAAUGUCAUUGUUGGUGGAAAUGGUCAAGGAAGUCAAUCCAAUCAACUCUCUUGUCCCAUUGGUUUGUCGCUUGAUGGAGAAGGAAAUCUGUACGUAAGUGAUUGUGGAAAUCAUCGAGUACAAAAGUUCAAUAUUGAUAGAAGCUGUUGA